AUGGAAGAUUUUCCAAGUGUCUCUGCCUAUUGUCAGCACCUCAAAUCUUUGUCGUACCAACUCAAGAAUGUCGGCUCUCCCGUCGACAACAAUAGACUAGUUCUUCAACUAGUCUCUGGCCUCAUCGAACCCUACAAAAGUGUGGCCACUCUCAUUCGCCAACGUGAUCCUUUACCCCAAUUUUAUCAGGCCCGUUCGAUGCUCACUCUUGAAGAGGCCGGCCUUGCUAGGAAGGCGGCACAUAGAUCCUCAUCAGUUAUGGUUACUCAUGAGUCAACUAGCUCGCAUGAUAUUAUUGAUCAUUCAUCUUCACACCGCAAUACUAAUGGUAGGAAGAUGAACCAAUACCACAACAAUAAUCGCAGCAACAAUGGUGGUCGUAGAGGUAGCAAGGGUGGUAGCGGUGGUGGGGGUUAG